GGAGGCGGCAGCGGGAGCGGAGGGAGCGCGAGGCCUGGGAGCUGCAUUCCCCGGCCCCCCUCCGCCCCACGCGGCCCGGACCAUGGACGCCAGGUGGUGGGCAGUGGUGCUGCUGGCUGCGCUCCCCUCCCUGGGGGCAGGUGGGGAGACCCCCGAAGCCUCUCCGGAGUCAUGGACCCAGCUGUGGUUCUUCCGGUUCUUGGUGAAUGCUGCUGGCUAUGCCAGCUUUAUGGUACCUGGCUACCUGCUGGUGCAGUACUUCAGGCGGAAGAACUACCUGGAGACAGGCAGGGGUCUCUGCUUCCCCCUGGUGAAGACUUGCGUGUUUGGCAGUGAGCCCAAGGCCUCCGACGAGGUUCCUCUGGCUCCCCGGACAGAGCCAGCAGAGACCACUCCCACUUGGCAGGCCCUGAAGCUGCUCUUCUGUGCCGCGGGGCUUCAGGCAUCUUAUCUCACUUGGGGAGUUCUGCAGGAAAGAGUGAUGACCCGAAGCUAUGGGGCCACAGCCACCUCGCCAGGUGAGCGCUUCACGGACUCACAGUUCCUGGUGCUAAUGAACCGAGUGCUGGCACUGAUCGUGGCUGGCCUCUCCUGCAUCCUCUGCAAGCAGCCCCGGCAUGGGGCACCCAUGUACCGGUACUCCUUUGCCAGCUUGUCCAAUGUGCUUAGCAGCUGGUGCCAAUAUGAAGCUCUCAAGUUCGUCAGCUUCCCCACCCAAGUGCUGGCCAAGGCCUCUAAGGUGAUCCCUGUCAUGCUGAUGGGAAAGUUGGUGUCUCGGCGCAGCUAUGAACACUGGGAAUAUCUGACAGCCGGCCUCAUCUCCAUGGGGGUCAGCAUGUUUCUGCUGUCUAGUGGACCAGAGCCCCGCAGCUCCCCAGCCACCACCCUCUCAGGCCUCAUCCUUUUGGCAGGCUACAUUGCCUUUGACAGCUUCACCUCAAACUGGCAGGAUGCCUUGUUUGCCUAUAAGAUGUCAUCAGUGCAGAUGAUGUUUGGAGUCAACUUAUUCUCCUGCCUCUUCACAGUGGGCUCCCUGCUAGAGCAGGGUGCCCUCCUGGAGGGGACCCGCUUUAUGGGGCGACACACUGAAUUUGCUGCACAUGCCCUGCUGCUCUCCAUUUGCUCGGCGUGUGGCCAGCUCUUCAUCUUCUACACUAUUGGGCAGUUUGGGGCUGCUAUCUUCACCAUCAUCAUGACCCUCCGCCAGGCCUUUGCCAUCCUCCUCUCCUGUCUCCUCUAUGGCCACACUGUCACUGUGGUGGGGGGUCUGGGGGUGGCUGUGGUCUUUGCUGCCCUUCUACUCCGGGUCUAUGCCCGAGGCCGUCUAAAGCAGCGGGGAAAGAAGGCUGUGCCUGUGGAGUCCCCAGUGCAAAAGGUUUGAGGGGCCUGAGAGCUGAAGUCAAGUAGGACCCUCUUGCCAUACCAGUUUUCCUCUUACUGCAAGGGCAAAAGGCUGGUUUUUUUCUCAGUAUCACAAGACCGCUAGGUAGUUGGGGGUGGGGAGCUGAGGAGGCAGCCUUGCCCUUUGCCUUAAAUCACCGGUCCUCUAGUAGGCAGGAUUCUAGUGGAGGAACGUCUAGAAGGCAGAGGCACCUUCCAAAGCCCCUCUGCCGCUCUAAUCUCCUGAAGUCUGGCCCUGUUGGCUCCGCCACCAACACCUCACCUAUUUUUGCCCCCUGCCUUGAAUAGCCACCCUUUCGACUCCGAGACCUGCAUUUCUUACUCUGGUGAGAAAAGCACAAGUGUUGUAGCCUCCAAAAUGCUGCUUUCCCAGGAGAGUGAGACAGUGCUGUCUGGGGGAGGGGAUGGGAGAACCCCUGCCCAGCAGCACCACCCCCUAUGCUCCUGGACCCCCAGGCUCUGCUCCAUGAGCCAGUUGCAGGUUUUGGUACUUCAGAAAUGUAACUUUUUGCUCUUAUAAUUUUAUUUUAUUAAAUUGCUGCAAUGGG